CGUCACGUCCGGUUGAGCGGCGCCGGCAGUUUCCGCUCCUGUGCAGGUGGGCGGGGAGGUGAGCAGAGCUACGGCCGUCGGCACGGCGCCGUGUGAGGACAGACAGACAGCACUGACAAUGGACGGCGACGGCACCGGGACGGCGGCAGCAAUGGCGGGGGGCAGGCUCCCCCGAUCCGCCCCGCACCCGCUCUCCAAGGACGUGCUGGGCUACGACGACGACGACGAGGAGGAGGAGGAGGAAGACGACCUGGAGGUGUAUAGUAAGAAUGGUACUUUCGCUGAUACCAGUUCUAACAGUAUCACCAUGCCGACUUCACCUUCCUCCAUGACUAAUCAACACACUUUGGACGAUGAACCAGACAAAGAUCUUUUUGUCGCAGUAGAUGAUCCACAACAGCAUGCCACUGCAAUGGAAACCUAUUUUACUUACAGAAUAUUGACAAAGACUACACGCAGUGAAUUUGACUCCAGUGAGUAUGAGGUUCGUAGACGUUAUCAGGAUUUCUUUUGGCUAAAAACCCAACUUGAAGCAGCUCAUUCUACGUUUAUUCUUCCUCCAUUGCCAGAGAAAUUUUCAAUGAGAGAGAUGGUGGAACGAUUUAAUGAAAGUUUCAUAGAAAUGCGCCGGAAGGCACUGCAUAAAUUUUUAAACAGAAUUGCGGACCAUCCAACAUUGUCUUUUAAUGAGGACUUCAAAACAUUUCUCACUGUUCAGGACCUGGCUCCUCACAAGAAACUUGGCUCGGCAUUCCUCAGUAAAAUGGAAGAAACAAUGCGGGCUGUUGCCAACUCAGUUAAGAGUGUUAAGAAUAGACCUGAUGAAUUCAAUGCAAUGAAUGAACAUGUGGACAUAUUCCGUCAAAAAAUUGGAACAUUGGAGAGAAUCAGCCAAAGAACUGUAAAAGAAUUUAAAGAAUAUUCACUUGCGAUGAAGGAUUAUAGUCCAGUUUAUACUCUGUGGUCUAAAUCUGAAAAGGAGCUGGCUGAUCCUCUGACAGGAGUAGCUAGUUCCAUUGACAGCUGUUACAAGGCCACUGAAGGACUGACUACUGGUCUCUCAGAGGAUUUGCCUCCUACCUUGCAUGAAUACGUUUUAUGUGCUGAAACACUGAAGUCAGUACUGAAGAGAAGGGAUGUAAUUCAGGCAGAUUAUGAUUCUCGAGUUGAUUCCUUGGCUAAUAAGAAAGUGGAGCGAGAAAUGCUCGAGCACUCGGAACAAAGCUUUACAUUUGGUACCAUCCUGGGUAAGAGCACAGAGGAAGUGAAACAACAGAAGCAGCAGAAAAUUGAUCAAGAGAUUGAAGAGCUUCAGGCAGAUAUUGCCCAAUUUGAGGAUAAAGUGGAAUAUGCCAAUACCAACUUGAAAGCGGAUUGGAAAAGGUGGUAUAUGAACAUGCGGAGUGAUCUGAAAUCAGCUUUUUGCAAUACGGCUGAAAAUAAUAUUCAUUAUUAUGAAGAGUGCUUAGCUACAUGGGAAUCUUUUCUGGCCGUUCAACAGACUGAGAUCAAGAUGGAUGAGAAAAGUAAAAACAGUGGAUAGAAACCAAGCAAGAAUUUGUACAAGCUGCUUUCAUGCACUUUCUCAGACCUGAAGUGCUGUUUGUAUUCACAGAUCAAUAUUGGGGUCUGUUUAGAUCCUUUUAAGAUUUUGAUGUAAGAAUAUAUUUACUCAGUUCAUAAUUUUUAAUUAUGUUGAUGACUCGAACAUUCUGCAGCUCAAAGAUUUAGGCAAAUCAAUGAAAUUAUCAAACUUAAACCUCAGGUCAUGCUCAGUUAAUGCCAUUGCAGAAUUAGCGCUCCAUGUACCUGAAUGAUUUUGUGAUCAAUUACCAUAAAAUGGAACACGUCUUCUGAAAUGAACUUUGCUGCCUUAAUCAUGUCUUAGUAGAAUUACAAUCACAUAAUACAUGUUUCAUCCACCCUUUCCCUGGUUAGGAAAUUCUAUGAAUGAUUUUGGGUGCCAGUAGUUGUUUUAUCAAAUCAGUGCUUUAAUAGGCCAAUAUAUUCUACCACUGGGAUUGAAAGGUUGGUGCUGGCUUGAGGUUUAUUUAUUACUGUUCUAUUAGUGGGCCAUGUAUGGGAUGAAUUUGACCUGCUUUCACAAAGCAUGGACAAAGUGUGGCAGAUAUUUUAAACGCAUCUCUUCUGUCCCUCACCAUCACCUGCCUCUUAUUUUUAUUUUGUAAUAACGUCACAGACCAAUUUCACUCCCAAUUAAAAAAAUUAAAAAAA